AGAGGUCAUGCGUUUGGUAACAUGCUAGUGUGAAAUUUUCGCACUCCUGAGGUGAAAAUAUCGCACCAACAUGCUUUCAAGGUUAACAGCAGGCGGUGUAGAAUUUGGCAGGAGCUGCUUUCGUCUCUGUGUGUCGCCAGGCGCGUCUACGAGGCAUCUACAGCAAAUUUCAAAGUUGUCAUGUGGCGGCAGAGGAGUGGGCGUGACCCUGCACACAGGAGCUGCACUUCUCUCUGCACCAGUAAGAUGUAGAGGAUGGAAGUCUCCAACACUGGUACAACUAGCUGUGCCCAAACAGAAUGGUGGCAGACUUGCACAGCUCAGGCAAACCACCACAUCAGCUGGUGUAGCUGCUCCUGUGCCACAACAGAUUCCUGCUCGUGCUGAGAAGAUUGUUGGGUCAUGGCUGCUGGUUUCUGCAGGCAUGGUGUUUGGAGCUGUGGCCAUCGGAGGGCUCACAAGGUUGACAGAGUCAGGCCUGUCUAUGGUAGACUGGCACCUAAUCAAGGGGAUGAAGCCACCGCGGACUCAGCAGGAAUGGGAAGACUAUUUCAAGAUGUACAAGGAGACGCCACAGUGGAAGUAUCAGAAUCGUGAGAUGACCAUACAGGAGUUCAAGUUCAUCUUCUACAUGGAGUGGUUCCACCGCAUGUGGGGCAGGACCAUCGGGCUGGCGUUCUUCCUCCCAGCUGCUUACUUCUGGAGGAAGGGGUGGAUCUCUAAAGCCAUGAAACCUCGGCUGGCAGCAUAUGGCUCCCUGCUGGUGUUUCAGGGUCUGCUUGGUUGGUUCAUGGUGAAGAGUGGGUUGGAGGAACCAGGAGAUGACAUCCCCAGGGUGAGUCAGUACAGACUGGCUGCACACCUGGGCUCAGCCUUCCUGCUGUACGUGGGCCUGCUGUGGACAGGGCUGCUGCAUGUACUGCCUAGACAGAAGUUUGAGAUGACGACUCAGAUGAGGCAGCUGAGCAAGUACGCACAUGGAACCAUGUCUCUGGUCUUCUUCACUGCACUGUCAGGUGCCUUUGUAGCUGGGCUGGAUGCCGGGCUGGUUUACAACUCCUUUCCAAAGUUUGGAGACAGAUGGAUUCCUGAUGACCUCUUCAACUUUGACCCCAAGUGGAAGAACAUGUUUGAGAACCACACCACUGUGCAGUUCAACCAUAGAAUAUUGGGUACCACCACAGCUGUAGCUAUCCUGAGUUUGUGGGUGUGGUCCCGACGACUGCGGCUUGCUCCCCGUGCCAGCCUGGCACUCAGCUGUCUGGCAGGCAUGUCUGUUGUCCAGAUCUCCCUGGGGAUUGGGACCCUUCUCCUGUACGUGCCCACGUGGCUGGCCUCCACUCACCAGAUGGGCUCACUCACUCUGCUGUCCUUCGCUGUGUGGCUGGCAACAGAACUCAAGAAACUUCCCAAGUAAAAAACAUAAGCUUUUCCCACUGAAGGAAUGUCUAUCGUAACUAGCAUGAAAACUCCUUGCCAAAUUUAUACUGUAAAUUAUGAAACUUUUGCACUUAUUUUAUUUCGUGCUGACCUAUCCACCGCAAAUUCAGGACACCUCAAAUAUGUCUUCCUUGUAUGUUUACUGUAUCAUAGAAUUGUUUCAACCACAAAUGAAAACCUCCUUCUCCUGCAAAUUAAAACAUCACCAAAGUUUUAUGAUUUACAGUAGAAUUUGACAAACUAUUUCAUGAUGUCAUACUAUUUGUAGGCAUUGAUUGCCACAUUCAUGCUAUAUGCUGACUUAGUUUAUCAGAAUCUUCAUU